AUGAGACCAGUCCGACUUCUCGCCGCUUUCGCCAUCUCGGCCGUCGUGGCUUCGCCAACCGGCAGCCGGCCAUCUACCCGGUCAACACCUGGGCCCGUGAAGGACAAGUUUGCGCGCUCGGAAAAUCCUCCCAAAUGUCUGCUGAAGCCUGCGAGCGAUGCUCCGAAACACGGACUUCAGAAGCGCGGGGUCCAACAGAGCUGCAGCCCGUAUGCGGCCAAGAUUGCCAAGGCCUUCAAGACUUGCUCCCAGAGGGCCGCGAACUCGCUUAGGGUCCUGCAGGGCAAGGGAGAUGCCAACGAGAAGAAGAAGCAGGAGUUGAUGAAGAACUGGUUCGACAGCGGCGCAAAUGACCAAGAGACGGUCAGACUGGUCACAGCCCACUACGCCCGGAUCAAAGCCGAAUGCGACCAAAACGGCCGCGGUCGUGUCGGCGUCCAGUGCGGGCCCUGUGGCGAAGGCAUCGCCGGAGAGACAUUCAAAGGAAUGGGCCCGAUUACACUCUGCACCGUUGCCUUGGAGGACAACUCUGCCGCGACAGAUAUUCAGGGCCAGGACCUCGGCGAAGUUUUGCUACACGAGAUGGACCAUGUCGUCGGGAAUACAGACGACAUUGCAUACGACGUGCGACAAUGCAAGCAGCUGAGCAAACGGCAGAGCCUCGACAAUGCCCAAAGCUUUACCAAGUUCGCUCUGGCUACCGCAGUAGGCGACAACACGGGCGGGCGCGAUGAUUCCCCUGGAUUUCCGGGUGUCGAUCCGCCCCAGCCUGGUCAGCCUCCGUCUGGUCCGCCGCCUCCGUUUCCGCCGCCUCCGUUUCCGCCGCCUUCCUUUCCGCCGCCUUCCUUUCCGCCGCCUCCCUUUCCGCCGCCUCCCUUUGAUCCACCUCCCUUUGACGGCGGCGACGGCUUCGGUCCGCCUCCCUUUGUUCCACCUCCCGUUGGCGGCGGCGACGGCUUCAGUCCCCCUGCCUUUGAAGGCGGCGACGGCUUCGGUCCCCCUGCCUUUGAAGGCGGCGACGGCUUCGGUCCCCCUGCCUUUGACACCGGCGAGAGCGGCCUCAGUCCCUUUCCCGUUGGCGGCGGCGAUUCCGCCUUCAGUUCCCCUUAUUGA